GACCUUAUAACAUUUAAAAUCCCCCAAAACAAAUGGAAGCCACCGCUGAGACAACUGGAGAGAAGACAGAUGGGACCAUGAAGAGAAGGAAGAAGACAGAAUUACUUGUUUUUAUAGCAGAACAGAACUUUCAGAAGAAAGUGGGAUUGGAACUGAGGAUUAGAUAUCAAAUUGUUAGUAGUCGGAGGAGAUAUUUGGAUGGAGAUGGUAUUAAUUACAGAGAUCAAUUAUGAGAAAAAGGGUUGAACAAAGUUCUUAAGCCUGUCAGCUAUUAUUCUAUGACUUCAUCAGAUUUUGCAAGUAAAGUUAGUUUAAAGUCUAAAAACGAAUACUUAAAAUCGCUGGAAACAAGAUUUUCUAUGAAAGUUUGGAGAUGGAAAAUAUGCAAUUACUCUUGCCCAAAAUUGAACCAAAAUAGUAUCAGUCAGAAAAUCCUGUUUCGGAACAUCUGUCGAGUCACAGAUCAGCUUACUCUGCACAGGUGAAAAAUUGGGGUGGCUUUUCUACAAAGAUAUUUGGCAGGAACAAGACAUUUAAAAUCCCUUGUGUUCAGCGAGUGAAAAAUAGACUCAGAAGAUAAACAAACAAAACAGAAGUUUAGCCCCAGUUUCUCUCGCUCUAAAGAAUUAGGGCAUGUAGCACCCCAAUAUCUGACGUUUGACAACUGAAUAAUUCCAUCAAGUAUUGAACUGUUUGAAAUGAUCGACCAACUAAUCUUCAAAAUCCUGAAAAAGAUACUUGGAACAGUUUUCUGUGAAUCCUUGAGUCAAAUUAGAUUCCAAAAUUCCUAUUUUUCAAUGGAUAUUCUCGAUAUUGUAUCAAACGAGCUCAACCUAUCUUCUUAUGGAGUGACAAGUGAGAGAGACAACGGUUCCCUCACAUUUAACUUUGAUUCAUAUUCAAUUCAACCAUAA